AUGUAUUGUUUCGGAACUGAUUUCAGCCACGAAAUGGAAUUCACUCCUUACAUUGUCCACAAAAUUAUUUUAGUUUUGAGACAAAUGUUUGAUGAAGCAGGAAAAGUUUCAAUGUCAAAGAAUGUUGAAGUCAAUCCAUGCUCGGCUGUUGGAUUUGGAAAUGUUAUAAUAGGAAUUCCAGGAAAGGAACAUCCUUUCUUGGAUGUCUGGGGAUCUGCAAUCACUGAUGCUUUGGACAUGAUUAAAGUCGCUCAAUCGAACAAAAUAAUGAUCAGAAAGAGAGUCUUAGAACAGAACAAUUUAACAGGAAUAAUGCCUGAAUUAGUCAUCCCAAUGAAUUGA